AAAAUGUGGAUGAGCAAAAAUUAUCAAUCCGAUAUCAUUAUGGAGGCCAUUUCACUUUUUCACCUCGUAGAAAGUACACAGCUGGAAAUAUAAUGGUAAAAGAUGACCAUGAGGUGGACUUCCUUUCAUAUUUUACUAUCUUAGAUGAUCUUAAGAUGUGUGGGUUUAGUGUCCUUAAUGGAGAUAAGUUCUACUAUCUUAAACCCAAAACUCCCAUUAGUGAUUUGAACGGGCUGGUACAAUUGGAGGAUGAUGAUGGCGUUCUAUCCAUGCUUUCCUCAUAUAAGAAAUGUAGAAUUUCUACUUUUGAAAUAUACACCUUGUCAAGCAAACAUGAUGUUCUGCCAAAUGCACAUCUUGAUGGAGAAGUUCAUAUGGAUGAUGAUUCAUCAGAAGAUGGGGGGGAAACAAAUAUUGGUUCGGAGCAUAAUGACACAGGUCCACAAAAACAAAAGAAGAAGACAAGGGGUCCAACCCGUUGUAUAAGAAUUAUCGGAUUGGAGGAAGGAAAUAAAUUAUCUGUAGAAUUCGAUGAGGAUCAUCAACCGGUUGGUGAAAAUGCAACAAGUUUUGUAGCAUUUUUGGGAGUAACUGUUCGAAAUCGUUCUUGUUGUCCUUUGCAAGUGAAGGAAUGGAAGGAUAUCAGUAGAGAUGCAAUAGAUCAUAUGUGGGGAAUCAUAAUG